UUUUGUAUGCAGGCGUUGAUACCGCGCGAAAAUCUCUCAGCAGAGGAUGAUUAAAAUAUCGGCGCUCAACGAGGAGUCGAGCGAGGAGAGCGAGGAGGAGGAUGUACCCACGAUUACGAAGGAGGCGCAAGAACAAAUAGCACUAACGGAAUACAACAAAGCUUUGGACUUGUUGAAAAAGGAUAAACGAGAAGAGGCGUUAGUUAUUUUUAAGGAUCUUUUGGAAACUGAAUUGCUGGAUGAAGUGGAGAAGCCCGAAGUGCCAGAUGGCAGAUCAAGACCAAUGUUGUCUUUGAAAUAUUCCUGCUUCAAGAAUAUUGGUGCCAUUCAAACAGCCUGCGGGAAUUACAAGGAUGCUGUGGAGAACUAUUGGGAAGCUGCAAACUUGGAUGGUUCCGAUGUAAUGCUGUGGUAUAGGAUUGGAACAUUAGCUAUGAAGAUUUCCAAUUUAGAAUUAGCUUGUUCGUCCUUUAAGCAGGGUUUAAAGUGCAAUUCCAAUCAUUGGCCUUGCUUGGAUAAUUUAAUAACUGCCUUAUAUGCUGUUCCUGAUUAUAUGAACUGUCUGUUGUAUAUUUCUGUGGCAUUGGAAAUGGAUCCUAAUUAUGUGAAAGGUCUGGCAUUUCGCGAUAGGAUAUUUAAAGACAUUCCAUGCAUGGAAGAAUGUUAUAAAUUGUACAACAGCGAUUGGCAAUUAGAUCCACCUUUAUAUACCGAAUAUGAUCACGUAUUGGGUGACAAGUUAUUAACAGAAGCGAGAGAAGUUUCCAUAAAAUGGGCAGAGGUUUGUAAAGUGGAGUUUAUGCCAAAACCAUUGCCGGAAUUGACUUUGAGAAUGCCUUUAAUAAAUUACACGUGGCUGGCUCUCGGAGAAAGUCUACUGGACAUGCACAGGUAUAUCACUGAAAAUGAUUUGAACUUUGUCAGUAGAAUUGUAUUAUCGGUUCGAAAACCUGAUGACAAGGAUGUAACGGCGAAUAAAGAAUGUGAGAUUGAAGAAAUUAACAUUAUGGAAGUAGAUGAGCAGAAUGUAAAUGAUCCAACUCCGAAUGAAGAAAAUGAUGUCGGCAAAUCUGUCAAGAUCGAGACGGAAGAUUGCGAAAUAUCAAACGACAAUCAGGCUUUCAACACAGUCUCGGAUACCGCGAUGGAAGUUGAAAUGGAGGACGACAAAAAAUCUUGUUCGACCGACGUGCAAAUAAUUGAAGAUGAAGAUCCACUGAGAAUGUCCGACACAGACGGUUUGCAAUGCGAAGAACAAAGCGAAACGAAGAACAUGGAUUCAGAGGAACAGAUGCAAUCCGAAACGGACGUGAAUAUCGAUAAAUUAGAGAACGACAAAGUCACAGAUGAUGUCUACAGUACGGAUAAUGGAGCACCCAAUGAGAAAUCUAGCGACAAAGAAAGCGAUAAAUCGAGCGAUGAUAAGGUUUCUGAUAAAGGUGCCGAGAAAGCGAGCGACGCGAUGUGUAAGACAGACGAUAAAACUCACUCUGAGAAAACUGAUGGGAAAGAGGAGGGACAGAAGGUGAAGAAAAGGCGCAGAAGCGCGCUGUGCUUUCUGCAGCAAUGGGCCUGGAGCUGCAGCAGUAUGAGACGAUCCGCGAGAGUCAGAGGUUCAAACAGACGGGAAGCAGAGAGGGACGAUGUUCAAUUGGAGGAAGCACUUAGAAGAUUAUUCCCUAGUACUUUAUUACCCGAUAGAGUAAGAUUGACUAAAGAUGAUGUCACUAAAAAUCUCGACGAAUCUAUGGACACAAUGGAUAUGUACCAGUUAUUCACGAAUCAAGAGAAUAAUAGUACUAAUGUGGAACUCCUUAAGAGUUCGGAAAGUUCAAAAUCACCAAGCCCUGACUCAAGUCAACAGCAGAAAUACUUUGGGACAGAGGCAGAAACUGCUGAUGUGGACGCAUUUAUAAAUCAGCAUAGCAGUAAAAGUAAUUUAAUGAUAAUUAUCGCGAAAUUUACAGAAUUUCUGUGUACCAAAUGGAAUCAGAUGUGGCCGAAAGGAAUGUCGGAUAUUUAUCUACAAGCAUAUGUCUUUAUGAGGCAACAUAUUCCACAUUUGUCAUCAUUCGAUGAAGAUGUCAAUGAUAAGAUUUUAAAGUUGGAUACCGAAAUGACACUGCUAUUUGGGGAGCUUCAUACAGAUAGAUGGCUGGAUAAUAAACCGGAUACUUUGCCAAAUCCUACAUUGGAUAAACUUGGCACUGGGAUGCCAGCAGAAGAAUUAGGACAUAUAAUAUUUACAAGCGUUAGACAAGAUCUCUUAAAUGACGAAAACUUAUACAUCUUACUGAGAAUUCUAUGGCUUAAAGCUAACAUCUUUCUGUGUCAAGGUGAUAUAGACAUAGUCAUAGAGACGCUAGAGCUGUUAUUGAAUCGUUUGCAAAAGAUGGAAAGUAAAAGCCCAAGUCCAUGUAUUAGGCUAUUAAAUUGUAAAAAUAACUCUCAAAUCAGUGCCAAACUCGUAAAGAGCAAACUUACAUCAAUUCAGAGGGGUCAAAAAUUAGGCGAAAUUCAACAUUUAUAUGAUGAAAAGAAAUAUGCGGAACUGUCUUACAUACUACAGGAUACUUUCAAAUUUGCCAAACAGAGGCACAAAUUGUUGAUAACUAAUGAAAACAUCGUCGACAGAGUUCGACAAUUAACCAUGUUACUCGACAGCUUAUGGCAACUUCAACAGUAUGAGGAAUGUUAUGUUUGGGCAGAAGCUUGUCUCAAUGAAUCAUGGCAAAAUUACUUGAUUUCGUCUGAUGAAGCUGAACAAAAGAAGUGGACAAGUUCUAUUGUAAUGGCACUUGAAAAAUUGGAAGCUUGUACGAUCGAAGUUAGUGUAUUCAUUGUAAAAUAUCUGCCAGAAUCUCGUCUGUCGAGAUUGGUGCAGAAUUUAGUUCACAUUGUCUGUCAUCAAUUAGAUGUACCAGAGAAUGCUGUUGAAAUGCCAUUGGAGACUGUUCUACCCUGGAUCCUGUUACAUUAUAUUUUACAAUAUGAAGAAGAUAAGGAAAGAGCAAAGGUCGAAUCCCCUUACAAAAAUAAAUUGCACGGUUCUCAUCAUUCCGAAUCAGAUGACGAGGACGAUGGCAUCCCACCGUCCAUCAUGAUUCUGUUUACCGCCCACGAAUUUAUUGGCAGACACUCUUGGUGUUGUUUCAAUGAGGCAAAACUUUUAUUCUUCAUCAUGAAUCUCAUUAUACCGCAGCUCGAAACUCCCUUGUACGCUUCCAUAAAAAACAGACUCACGAAAUAUCUGGAACAAAUAUUCUUCUGUUUGUACGGUCAUCCGAACAGGGUCAACAAAAUACGUCCAAAGUAUCUACAGGAUCACAUGGUGCCGCAAAUGGAAUUAACCUGGGAAGGAGCGCAGUUGCUAUUCGACUUUUCUAAACCGAAGCAGUUACCCAAUUUUCAGUCUCCCCGUCCUUUCUCCAUCAGCAUGGAUACGGAAAUACUGUUUAAGAGAAUAAUGAGAUUAAUCCCGCGAGAGAGCGACCCAAAUCAAAUAGUAGAUGAGAUGACGACAUACAUAAUCGGCGCACGGGAUAAAAUGCCGAGCGUGGUGAAACCUCUACCACAUGCGAUAUCUACGAUUUAUUAUUUACUAGGUGAUUUUUAUUUCAAGAACAACAAGUGGGAGCACGCUUGUCGAUAUUAUUUACUAGAUCUGUGUCUAUAUCCGAAGGGAUUAAAUUCGUGGGCAGGUCUAGCUAUGGCGACAGGCAGUAUAAUAGAGAAUUGGUUGAACAAUUACAGACCUAUAGGAAAAGAUAAGUUUCUCAAUAAGGCAAAAAUGGCACAAUCGAGUUAUCAACACGCUAUUGAGCUGGCGCCUGGCCAUUCUGUCAUUUGGACAGAGUAUGGAAAUUUCGUUUAUAUAGUUCAUUCAUUUUGUUCGCGAUUGCUCAAACAAGAGACCGAUACAUUGAGCAUGGAGAGAUUCGAAAUUUUGGAAACCAGAAAGGAGGAGAUGCUGGAGAUUGCGGAUCAGUGCUUCGAGUCCGCUAAUCGAAUAUGCCAAACUAUCGAGGAACCGACUAUACAGCACGACGAGAGAUGGCUUUAUCAAUAUAUGCUCGGUAAAGUCGCAGAAAAGAAAAAUCAAGAUCCUCCCAUAUUCUUAGAACAUUACGCAAAGGCUAGUGAAUUAUUAUACGAGAAUAACGCUCAAUAUCCGCGUAGAAUAAGCCACAAGAGUCCACAGAAUUUAUCUAUAGAAGCACUAGAAGUUCAUUACCGUAUUCAUGCUAGUAUACUAAAGUAUUUGGAGCAACAUGAGGGUAAACCGCUGAAAAAAUCAUUGGGUCAGUUGUUCAAUUGGCACCUUAAAAAUUGCUCCGAGGGACCCUUUAUGAAGUAUCAGUCCAAACUUAACGAAAAGAAAAGGGAGGAGAACGCUGAUGUUGAGAAAAGUAUUUCGAAGGAAGCCGAUAGUGCAAUGGAUGCGGAUAAGAACGUAGUUACGAUAUGUCGACGCUCAAAUAGUAUUGAAGAAAUAGAAAUAAUAGAUAGAUCGAACAAAAUCUCCGACGUUAAGAUGGAGAUGGGGAAGUCUGAAAGCCGCAAGAGACUUCCUGAUGAACUGUCACAUGACAAUACGAAAAAAAUAAAAUUAAGUAACAUUUCGCAUUUACAAUUGAUGCAAGACGUCGUAGCCUUAAUAGACGAUUUAAUUACCAAAGUUUGUGAUAUGGUAUCGCGAAAGGAGAAAACGAGUGAUGAUGUGAUGAUUGUGUCUAGUGAUGAAAGUAACGAACCGAAAUUACAAAAGAAGAUGCUGGAAAACAAGAGUGCUGAUAAAACAAAAUCGCAGACAAAAACAGAAGAGAAUAAAAAAAUUUCAGUAAAUAUAUUAACAGUCGAUCCUGAACGAAAGACUGACAAUGUACAAGAUUUAAUGGAUGCUCUUAUGAAACAGGCAAUGGAAAUUAGCCAGGAAACCCAGCAAUCUUCCGCGGAUGAUGAGGACACCAGAAGAUUCGAUGGCAAAUGGUUGCAGAACGAAGACUUGCAAACUACUGGAAAAGAUAAUAAAGACAAGAUGGAAGAGAAAAGGAAAGCACAAACCAAUGCAAAUGAAGAAAUGACUCUGAGCAGAAGAGGUUCUCAAGAAAGCACCACAACUACGCAAACUACAACUACAACUACAGAGACAAAUAACUCGAGCUCUAGUAGUAGUGAAGAAUCUAGCAGUAGUGACGAUAGUUCUGACAGCGAUAGUUCUAGCGAUAGCGAUACUGAAUCUAUCGACAGUGACCCAGAAAAGAAGAAGAAAGAUUCUGCCAAUGUAGACAAUGAGGAACAUAUGCCGGAAGAAGAGGUAGCGAUAUUAAUUGCGUAUUGUCUAGCUGGUUUAGAACAAUGUAUAUUAAGAUUUGCCGAACAUCAUAAGUCCUUUUAUAGACUCGCACACUUUUUCUUUAACAAUAAAAAGGCGAAAGAUACCGUGAAAUGCAAGGAUCUCUUGUUAAGGACAUACAGUUGUCAAUUUUAUCCUGGACAAACCUUUCAAGGACUUUUCGCUGAGAGAAGAAGUACCAACUUUUUUAAUGGAGUAUGGCAUAUACCGAUCAAUGAAAUUGACAGACCCGGAAGCUUUGCCUCACACAUGUCGAAAUGCGUGACGCUACUCAUGCAGAUAUUAAAGGAAAGUAACGAUAGUCGGAUGUUGAUGCAGUUGUGCAUACAACUCGGAAAAAUUCCAGAUUCAGACAAAAAAUACUUACGUGAUUCCGAGAGAGAGCAAUUAUCCCGACAAGCUCUGACACUAUGUCAACAAUCGCUCAGAAGCAGAGUUCAGGCAAUGGGUUCGGCAAGCACAAUCGACAGCGUUCACCUUAUUAGAACAGAUGCCAGAACGCAAGUGCUGCUUGAUGUGUAUGAAACAUAUCAACUUGUACAAAAGCACCUGCAGGGUAAAGAGUCGACUAUACAAACAUUUGCGACAUUAUUGACGGACACUUAUAAAAUGUACAUAGGGAAUAAAAAUCUGGAGGGAAAUGUCCUGGAUAUCGCUAUCAAAUGUUGUCAGCGACAAAUACAAGCGAACAAACUUGCAUCGAUUAAUAACAGCAAUAGCAGUCACGUGCAACCUCAAGUUACUUCUACUAUUCCAGCAGCCAUACCGCAGAUACCAGUAAACUCGACAUCACCACAGACCUUGCAGAAUCGCAAACCGCAUAGGAACUUAAUAUCCACCGGACGUCCGAGGGGACGUCCGCCUAACGCUAACAAGUAUCUGCAGCAUGCCAUACAGCAGGGCGGCAAUGUGAUGAAUCAAUUCGGUUCCAAGAGUAACUUUACGAGUUUUAUGGGCACAUCCGGGCCAAAUCGUUCCAUGAUAAAUCCUUAUUUCAUGAACCCUCUAGUCGACGCGAACAUGCUAUCGGCUAUACUGGCCAGUGGACUGGGCGCCAAUAUGAUGGAUCCCUUAUCGGCUAUGAGCUACUUGAACCAAGUAGGAAGCUAUCAAGAUAUCCUCAGGCAGUAUCAGAACAAUUUGUCAUCACUAAACAAUCUUGCCAGCGGUUUAAACAACCCGGGUACUACAAUAACCGCUGGUAUUAGUAAUGUCUCGACGAUGAGUACAUCCAGCUGCAAUGUCAAUACUUCAAGUAAUAUCGGUAAUUUAAGUAAUUUGAAAGGAUCUUUAGAUUCUAUGACAGUACAACAGUUGUUAAGCUUGAGCAAUUCUACGGCGUCGACGUCGCGGCCCAUGUAUCAUCAAACGACUGCCAAAACCAGCACAACCAUGUCGAUGACAAAGGAUCGACCUAAUAUAUCCAUAACGCCGGUGAGCCAGCAACAACAGCAGCAACAGCAGCAGCCGCCAUCUCAUCACAAGACGAAGCCUAGCGGCAAGCAGCCGAGCUUGCAGACCGACUCGGCUGCGGCGUUGCAUCCCGUCCACAUUCCGAAAUCGCUUCAGAUAUCGCCGUCAAAACCGAUGUUACAUUCGGCAAAUACGACGGUGACGGCGGCAGCGCAAAUGUCUCUGCUCAAACCGUCCAUCAUUCAGCAAGUGAAGAGCAGCCCGCCAAAGCAGAUAAGCGCACCGCAGAUACGCGUGUCAAAAUCGUUGACCGAACCGCAACCCGCACAUAACAACGCGUCACUGUCGCAUUCGCCUUUGAAGAACAAUAACGGCGGCGGUGGUGUCGUGACGACGAAUCCACAAAUUGCCCACGCAUCCAUGGGUGCGCCUGUGAUAAUGAAACAACAGCAGACGCUGCCUGUGAACUUACCCAUGAACGUGUCGCGAUCUGGCACGUCGCUACAACACAAAUUAUUGUCAAAGAAGAAUUGUCAGCGACCUUACUCGAACUUGCAAACGAGCGUGCAUCCUAACGUGAGGAAGACAACGAAGACGGUGACGGCAGCCGCGAAAACUUCUACGGCAAUGCCCGUGUCAAUGCCUGGCAAUUUUCCAAGUAUAUUAAACGCGAUACCGUCAGGAAAUUCCACUGCGAUGUCGCAAUCGCCUUUUAUACCACCGGACUUGAGCGGCAUCUCUGUGAGUCCUGUCGUCGCUCCGCAAUCUGGCAGUAUCAAGACUGUCGCGAGCGUCAAGUAUCACAGCUACAAGAAAUCAUCUGCUGGCAACAAGUCGGCGAAACCAUCGACGGCGGCGAUGGACGUGCCAUCGAGCUCGCUACCGAGUUCGGCUGCCUUUCCUCAGAGCAGCACGGUUAAGGCGCUCUCGAUGUUAUCACAAUUGCAGCAGCAUUCUCAUCUAGAGAUAAUACCGCAGCAAAAGCCGUCGCAGUUAAAGCCCAGCCUGGAUUAUUCGAAAAAUCUCUCGUCCUUGAGUGUAGUGCCGCAAAAAGUGAACCCGGAAACAUCUAGGCCAUCGACGAUCGCCGACUGUAUGUCCGUGUACGAUAUAUCGAGGGGAAAGCCCACUAACAUCUCGAAUAAAAAGACACAAGACAAACUUAUUAAUGAUAGCGUCGAAAUUAUAACACUGGACGAUUAAGAAUCGCCGUAACGGAGUGUAGGCCCACUUUGUGUAUAACAUAAAUUUUUUUUCUCAAGAAAAACGUAAGUAGUUGCUGAGCUGAAACGUUGAUCGCUAACUCCUUGCAUUGGAAUGAGACAAGUCACAUUAUUUACGCAACAGCAAUAACAUUACAAGGGAAAAUAACACAUUUACUAAAUAAUUUCGGUGUGUUAGUCUCUUGUAUGUUGUGUGUUUCGUAUAUAAAAAUCUCGAGCCUCAAAUUGAACUAUAAAUCAGUUAUAUAAAUUGUUCAAAAAAUUCUAACGCAAUGAGUUGAUGUAGCUAAUUUAUGCAAACGAUUUGUUUUUUCUUAGAUUUGUUAUAUUAAAAUGCUAUAUUAUAUAGUCAUAUAAUAUAUACAUAUAUAC